AUGUUCCUGCUUAUAUCUGGUGUCAAAAGCUAUAUCUUGAACAAUGAAUUAGUAUUAAGAGAUUUUCAGAAUGAAGACGUUGAACAAUUGGAAAUAGUACCUUUACAAAGUUCUCAUAAUAUAGUCGGUACUAAAGAAGUUGUAAAGAUGGUGACGAACCCAGUAACCGAUGACGUUGUUGAUAUAAACAACGCUUCGUAUAUUGACACUGAUUCCUCCAAUGUUUUAGUUGUCGCCAAUAGAACACCUGUUUCAUCCAUAAGAAGAAAUUUCCUAACAAACUUAAUGUUCAAAGGUAUUAGAGCAAUCUCAUGGCGCCUUCUUAAAUUUAUCGUCUGUAAUAUAUUUGCUACGCCUGUGGCUUGUACUGUCAUGAAUGUGUUAAGUGACGAAGAAGAAGGUGGUUUAACUACACCAGAAGGAGUCGCCAGAGGAUUACGUUUCAUAGAAAAUGUUAUAGAAAUUUAUCAUUCUGCACAAAAACGUUCAACGUGA